CAUUCCCCCAGGAAAAGAAUCGUUUACCCCACACUACAGUAAUCCUCACCUUUUUACCCUUCAUUUCUCGCCACUAACUCACUCUCUUCUCCUUCUUCACUCACCACCACACUCUCUCCUCCAUUUGUCUCCAUCACAGCAACCUCGCAAACCCUAUUAAAUACCCACCCGACCCCAGCUCACCUCAUGCCCCAAUUCCUGCCCAGAACCACCGCCGCUCUCUUCCUCUCCCCCAAAUUCAAAAUCCCCAAACUACCCAUGGCAGCCGCCACCAACACCACUCUCUCCACCUCCGCCGGGCCGAGGGCUCGCCUCCGGGGCGUGGUGUUCGACAUGGACGGAACCCUAACGGUCCCCGUCAUCGAUUUCUCGGCAAUGUACAAAGCCGUGCUCGGCGAGAAGGAGUACAUCAGAAUCAGGGCCGAGAGUCCUUCCGGGAUUGAUAUUCUGCACCACAUUGAGAGCUGGAGCGUCGAGAAGCAGCAGAAGGCCUACGACACCGUCGCCGAUUUCGAGCGCCAGGGACUCGAACGACUGCAGAUCAUGCCUGGUGCAGCAGAACUUUGUGGUUUUCUAGAUUCUAAAAAUAUAAGGCGGGGAUUAAUCACACGCAAUGUCAAGGGCGCGGUUGAUUUGUUUCAUGAACGAUUCGGGUUGUCAUUUUCUCCAGCACUGAGUAGGGAAUUUCGACCUUACAAACCGGAUCCGGCUCCAUUACUGCAUAUAUGUUCAGCCUGGGAAGUUAACCCUAGUGAAGUAAUGAUGGUUGGAGAUUCCCUUAAAGAUGACGUGGCUUGUGGGAAGCGAGCAGGAGCAUUUGCAUGCUUGCUUGAUGAAGUGGGGAGGUAUGACUCUCCGGAAUUUGCCAAUGUUGAUUACAAACCAGAUUUCAAGGUGUCUUCCCUAACGGAAGUCCAUUCGAUAUUGGAAAAACAUUUUGACUUGGCACCUUGAUCUCAAAUCUGUUUGGACCACUUUCAGUGUAUUGAGUUACUGUACUAGUUGGAUGGGUUGUUAUUUGCCCCCUAUAGAACAACAAGGAUUAUAGGAAGAGCAUGACAACUCGGAAGGAACACGUAGAAGCCACUUUAGGCGGCGGAAGAGAACACUAAAUAGUGCAUUUGUUCUACAUUUAUAAGACUUGCAUUGUACCGGCCUAGUAUCAUGCUACGUUACCGGUUGAUCGAUUACCACGAACUUAGCUUAAGUAAGAUAAUACAAGGGAGAUACCGUUCAAAUCCCAACUUUGAACUCUUGGAGUGGCUUUGUAGCCGUGUAUGAGAUUGCUGCUUUAAGCCUUUAAAUGUGGUGUGAAUAUAUUUUUCAAAAAAAAUAAUAAUAAUAAUAAGUGGUGUGAAUGCCUGCAAUGGAUUAUUUAAGUUUCA